AGCGUUCGUUUUUUUGGAAUCAAUCACCGAAAGAGAUCUUUCAACUGAAGCACCUGCGAUUCAUCUUCUUCUCUGCCCGUCGUUUCAACGUGAGGAGAAAAAAGAAUGGCGUUUGCAAAAAUGAUGUUUCUUUUCGGAAAAUUUCAGCAGGGUGUUGGUGUUCUAGCAAAGAGUACCACUUUUGCUAAGAAUCCAAGGCAACUGCAAUUUGAAGCCGACAUUAACAAAUUGUUUAUGUUUACAAGCUAUAAUCGUUUGGGACGAGAUGCUGAGGAGGCUGAUGCUGAAGAGAUUAUUGAGAUGGCUGGUAAAGCCACUUUCUCUGAGCAACAGAAGCAAGUUCAGGAGAACAUUCACUACCAACUCCAAAAUUUUUGUUCUUCAAUGAACGAGAUUCUUCUUACCAAUAUUGACAAAACAAAGGAUCUAAAUGAGCCAGGAUCAGAAUCGAGAAGGGACAACAUUGUCCCAGCUGCAGACAAGCCCAUUGUUCCUGAGACUAAACCGCUGAAACUCGAUGAAGUCUCACAUCGAUUAAAGGAUCGAGUUGGGUACACCCUUGAGAUCAAACCAUCGUUAAUACCUCACAAAGACGCGGGUCAAGGUUGUUUUAUAGAAGGUGAAGCAGAUGUGGGAGCUGUCCUAGCCUUUUACCCUGGUGUGAUUUACUCUCCUGCAUUCCACAGAUACAUUCCCGGGUAUCCAAAUGUUGAUGCACAGAACUCAUAUCUGAUCACUGGGUAUGAUGGGACGGUAAUAAACGCUCAACCUUGGGGUCGUGGAGGAAUAUCUCGGGAAGUAUGGAACGGCUCCUUUACAACGCCUGAGAUCAGAACAGAAGCUACAACCACGGAAAACAGUUCAGAUAAGGUAUGGAAGAUGCUGAGUAGGCCGCUUGAAGGUUCAGGUGGUGUAGAAGCGGUUAUUGAAAUGAGAAACCCGUUAGCGUUUGGUCAUUUCAUCAACCACCCUGGUAAAGAAAUGGAAUCUAAUGUCAUGAUUUGCCCUUACGACUUCCUGUUGUCAGAGACAGAGAUGCGAGCUUACAUUCCGAAUGUAGCUUUCGGGAACACAGGAGAUGUAAAGAUGGGGAGAUUUGAAAGCUUCUUGUCUAGGACAGGAAGUAAUAGCAGUUUGGAUGCUCAUGUGCUGAAGACAAUUGUUCUCGUGGCUACAAAAGCGUUGUGCAAUGAGGAACUGAUGCUGAAUUACAGGCUGAGCAAUUCCGAGAAAAGACUCGAGUGGUAUAUUCCACUUGAUGAAUAAGAAGAUCGGAGGAAAUGAAGCUGAAGUCUCUGGAUUUUAUUUUGUCUCUCUAAUUUCUUGUGUACUAGUUUCAUCGUGGGACAGAAAAAAAGGGGUACAAUUGCAAGAUGAAUUUAAUCUAAAUACAACAAAACAAUCAAUAAAC